AUGCAAGGCCGAACGGACGUCGGAGGCGUCAAUUUGGAGCGAGGAAAAUUAUCUUUAUUGCAGAUAGUGUGGAAACAACGCGAGAUUCGAUCGGGCCAUUGGUCCGUGCAUCCUGAUGAUUCGGUGCAAGCGCUAAUGCGCGCGCAUUGCGCAGUCUUCCGCCUGCGCUACGCUCCUUGCGACACGCCCCGCGAUGCGCAUAUCGUUCUAUUGUUUCGUUAA